GAAAGUUGAUCGAUUACUUUCAGAUUAUCGCUACAAGAAAAAAAAUGGCCAAUUUUUCUUUAGUUUUUUCGUUUUUCCUAAUUUUGGUUUUAGGCAAUUUUGUAUUCGCUCAUCAUCAUCACCAUCAUGACGAUUAUGAAUACGACCACUUCGACAGAAAGGACUGUUUCAGCGCAGCAGAAUACAAGACCUGCAGGAAAAAGUACCCGGUGUGGACAUGGGAUUACAGAUACGAGGAUUGCGUGUUGGACAUAACAGGAGGAUGCGGGGAAACGGCCAACGCUUUCACGUCGAAACACGAAUGUCGAAGAAUAGCAGAACCGGUGUGUGCUGACUUGAAUAUUUAUUUGGAAAAACAGGGUCAUCACCACCACGGCCAUCACCACCACCAUUAAAUCGCAUAAUUUCUACAUCCACUAAAUUAUUAUAAUACACUUUUCUGUUUU